CCUCCUCAGGGAAAAGGAGUGUGAGGUGGAGACAGGGUAGGUUGGGACACAAGGUCCGAUUAAGUGUGUGUCCCAGCUCAGUGCCCUGACUGAACCCCGAUCCUCAUCUCCCCUGGAAGUGGGGCUCAGCACAGACCAGCAACCAACUGCUGGGCUGUGGGCGCCCCCAUGUUGGAACCUGAGUUGGAGAUUAUCUCCUAAGCAGAUACACUCUUCCAAACUGGGGAUGUAGGGCUUGGAAACUAGAAAAUGCCAGGUCUGAGGGAGAGGAAAGAACAAGUCCAGCAAUACACAGAGCUCUGUGUAUUCAGAGGGAAGUUGGCAGGGUUGUGUUCGGGCAGAGAAACUCCGAGUGGUACAAAGGAGACGUGCCCAGAGUGGAGAAAUCAUGCUAAUUGUCUGCACCAGAGCUGGAGAACGCCACCCAAAAUGAAGAGAGAAAGGGGAGCCCUGUCCAGAGCCUCCAGGGCCCUGCGCCUCGCUCCUUUUGUCUACCUUCUUCUGAUCCAGACAGUCCAUUGUAGUUUCAGAGUAGGCCUGGGAAGAGGAAGGACUCUACUCCAUGAAGUUUUUCAGGGACCAAGCCAAUGGAGCCCUAUCAACUUUGACAUGUGCUUCCAAAGAUCACCCUGAGGUUUAUCUCCAUUUCUUCCAGUACAGCAGUACCAGCAGCGACAAGCCUGUAGUGAAGUGGCAGCUGAAGCGUGACAAGCCAGUAACCGUGGUGCAGUCCAUUGGCACGGAGAUCAUCGGCACCCUGCGGCCUGACUAUCGAGACCGUAUCCGGCUCUUCGAAAAUGGCUCCCUGCUUCUCAGCGACCUGCAGCUGGCUGAUGAAGGCACCUAUGAGGUCGAGAUCUCCAUCACCGAUGACACCUUCACUGGGGAGAAGACCAUCAACCUUACUGUAGAUGUGCCCAUUUCUAGGCCGCAGGUGUUGGUGGCUUCGACCACUGUGCUGGAGCUCAGUGAGGCCUUCACCUUGAACUGCUCUCACGAGAAUGGUACCAAGCCCAGCUACACUUGGCUGAAGGAUGGCAAGCCCCUCCUCAAUGACUCGAGAAUGCUCCUGUCCCCUGACCAAAAGGUGCUCACCAUCACGCGCGUGCUCAUGGAGGACGACGACCUGUACAGCUGCGUGGUGGAGAACCCCAUCAGCCAGGGCCGCAGCCUGCCCAUCAAGAUCACCGUAUACAGAAGAAGCUCCCUUUACAUCAUCUUGUCUACAGGAGGCAUCUUCCUCCUUGUGACCUUGGUGACAGUCUGUGCCUGCUGGAAACCCUCCAAAAGGAAACAGAAGAAGCUAGAGAAGCAAAACUCCCUGGAAUACAUGGAUCAGAAUGAUGACCGCCUGAAACCAGAAGCAGACACCCUCCCUCGAAGUGGUGAGCAGGAACGGAAGAACCCCAUGGCACUCUAUAUCCUGAAGGACAAGGACUCCCCGGAGCCCGAGGAGAGCCCGGCCCCGGAGCCUCGAAGUGCGACAGAGCCCGGCCCGCCCGGCUACUCCGUGUCUCCCGCCGUGCCCGGCCGCUCGCCGGGGCUGCCCAUCCGCUCCGCCCGCCGCUACCCACGCUCCCCAGCGCGCUCCCCCGCCACCGGCCGGACGCACACGUCGCCCCCUAGGGCCCCAAGCUCGCCCGGCCGCUCGCGCAGCGCCUCGCGCACACUGCGGACUGCGGGCGUGCACAUAAUCCGGGAGCAGGAUGAGGCCGGCCCGGUGGAGAUCAGCGCCUGAGCCUCCUCGGGACCCCCUGCGAGGCGCCUGCGGUCUGCGGCCGGCUGCCUUGGGGAGGGCUGGGAAGCCGGGGGACGGUGCGCUCUGGGCGAGGGGAGGUCCCGGCGGGGCGCUGAUGUCUCGGGUGUGGACCUGUGUGAGCAUGCGCAGACGGAGGCGAGUGCGCGGAGGCGGCAGUGCAGAGGUGGUGAAAGCGGCUCGCUAUUGCUUCCGGUUUACUGGCUGUGUUCUCAGUUGGUAUAGGUUGUGCCCUCUUAGAACCACAUAGAUUAUUAAAUUUCCGGUCCAAUACCCGAAAGGGAUUUAUGGAAACUAACAUCAGUAACCUAAUGCCCGUGACUAUCCUGUGCUC